CUUUAUAACUUGGUGUCCAAGUAAUAUUACCUUAAGAUUUGGCAAAACUUGUCCUUAGUACAAAAGGUACAGUUGAAGUGUCUAACGGUUGAUGCUAUCACAAACCUAAAAAUUAGCACCAUAGCCAUAGCAUAAUUUUCCAAACUUAUUUUAAUCAUGUCAUCUAAGAAGCUGGUUAUAACAGAUGCUCUAGAAGAUGAAAAUCAUGUCAAAAUGAUUGCAGAAUAUAUAUACGAGGCUAGAGAUGAUAUUGUAGGGAAGAACAAUCUAAGUGAAUUGGCAGAUAGGCUAACAAAGACGCUCGAGUACAACUUAUUCCAUGGCGAAUUGAUAGCCCUUAAAAUUCUGUUACCCUCCUACAAAGAACUCUCAAAUCAGACAGUGUUGAAAGGAGAACAGCUGAAAUCUGUGCAUAUUUUAGGAUGGUGCGUGGAGUUGCUGACGGUAACCUUUAUUGUGAAUGAUGAUAUAAUGGACAACAGCAUCACAAGAUACAAUCGUCCAUGCUGGUAUAGAUUGCAAAAUAUCGGAAUGAGUGCCGUUAACGAUUGCAUCAUAUUGGAAAAUAUUAGUUAUCAUUUGUUGGCUAAGCACUUCCGCCAUACCGACAUCUAUGUGGAGCUGAUGAGAAUGUUCCAUGAAGUGGUGCUAACCACAUCAUGCGGUCAAUGCCUGGAUAUGUUGGGUGGCCAAAAAUCGGUGACAACAUUUACCAUGGCGGCUUACAGAAACGUAACGGAUACAAAGACAUCGCCUUGUGUUUUCUAUUUGCCAUUUGCCUUGGCCAUGCAUUUGGCAGGAGUUUCAAAUCCCUUAGCCUUCCAAGAAAUAAAAUCUAUAUCCUUGGAUUUGGGUUACUACCAUCAGGUGCAGAAUGAUUUUCUCGAUUCUUUUGGCCAUCCCGAAGACAGAGGGAAAAUUGGCACAGACAUUCAGGAGAACAAAUUUUCUUGGCUGGCUAUACAAUGCAUGAUGAGAGCCUCGCUGGAGCAAAAGCAAGUCAUGGAGGAGUGCUACGGGCAAAAUGAUCCUGCAAAAAUCCAGCGAGUGAAAGAUCUGUAUAAAGAUUUGAAGCUGGUCGAGGUAUAUGAGGCCUUUGAGAAAGAAUCCAUACAAAAUAUUGAAUCGCAACUACAAAAGGCUACGCAAGGGGUGCCUAGGAGGGCAGUCUUGGAGGUCCUUAAUAGAAUUCGUAAUCAAGAUAUAAUGGAUUUUCCGGGCGAGCCUGGCAUGGUCCUACAAACCAAGGGCAUGGCGGGAAGUCAGGGUGGCCUUUAUCCCCAAGCACUUGAUUAUAAUCUGGUUCAGAGUGAACUCCUAAGCCUUAAGGUAUUAAUAACCAACUACAAACACUUCAGGCGAAUCCAUACCCUAGAAACAAAAGAUCUCAAAUCCGUUAAUGUUUUGGCUGGGUGUAUCGAAUUAGUCUUUAUGGCUUUGGAUAUUUUGAAUGACAUUGUGGUGGAUAAUACCACAAGAUUUGGUCAACCAUCUUGGCAUACCCAAAAAGAGGUGGGCGUGGGUGCUUUAAACGAUGCCUGGAUAUUUCGAAAUAUGAUAUUCUAUAUGCUUCGCAAGCAUUUUCAACACUGCGAAUAUUAUUUGCCACUAGUGGAGUUAUUUCAUGAAAGUAUCUUAACAACAGCAUGUGGUCAAGGUAUGGACUGUAAAAGUUCCCAAAUGACAGUAAGAAAUUUCAAAAUGAAGAUGCACAAAUCCCUUACCAAGAACAAGGCUGUCUACAUUGCCUUGUAUUUGCCUAUCAUGGCAUCCAUGUACCUGGCGGGUAUAAAAAAUCGCCAAGCUUAUGAGCAGGUUAAAGGCAUUUCCAUGGAUGUGGGUUACUAUAUGCAAGUACACAAUGAAUUUUUGCAUUCUUUUGACAAUCCUUCAGAUGUUGCAACAAUUGGCAAUGACAUUGUGGUGAACAAGUGUACCUGGUUGGCUGUGCAGUGCAUCGUGGGAAGGGCCUCGAAGAAGCAGAAAUACAAAAUGGUAGAACUCUAUAAAGAGCUUGACAUGAACGAAGCCUAUGAAGCCUUUGAAAGUGAAUCAAUAGAUGCUUGUGAUGAAGUACCUCAAGAAGUCAACUUAGAGAUGCUUAAAAUUGCUAUUAAAUACAGUCUGUUUAAGAUGAUGACUUUGCAAAGUCAUAAAAUAAAUGUAGGCUCUGAUUUGUUGACUUUACUACGUUUAUCUAUGAAAAUGAUUUCCCCUGGAGAAUAUAACUCCAAAGGUUUACCAGAAUUGUUGCAUGAGGCCAAAGACGAAAUCAUAAGAAAGUACAAUUUGGCACAUUUGGGCGACAGACUAACAAAGACUUUAGAUUAUAAUUUAGUACAUGGCGAACUCAUUGCCCUCAAGAUAGUAAUGCCCAUCUACAAAGAUCUCAUGGGCUCUCGACCCUUGAAUGGUGAAAAACUCAAAGCCAUUUACGUUUUAGGCUGGUGUAUCGAGUUAUUCUUUAUCUCAUUCAAUGUUUUGGAUGACAUUAUGGACCUCUUAAGCACCUCAAGAUUUGGCCGCCCAUGUUGGUAUGCCCUGCCAGAGGUGGGCAUGAGUGCUCUAAACGAUGCCGUCUUCUUGGAGAAUAUGAUAUUCUAUUUGCUUCGUAAACAUUUUGACCACCACGAAUGUUAUCUACAAUUAGUGGAGACAUUCCAUGAAGUCAUGUUGGUAACAUCAUGUGGUCAAAAUUUAGAUUCCUUAAGUUGCCAAAAAUCGGUGGAGUCAUUCAACCUGGAAGUGUAUAAACGCAUCACAGAUGCUAAGGCAGGCUACAGUGCAUUUUAUUUGCCACUGACGGCAUGCAUGUAUAUAGCGGGCAUUAAAAAUCCUCUAGCCUUCGAACAGCUUAAGCCAAUAUCUAUACAAAUCGGUUAUGUGUUGCAAGCCCAAAAUGAUUUUCUCGAUUGUUAUGGCAAUCCCGAAAAUACAGGAAAAAUUGGAACAGACAUAGAGGAGAAUAAGUGUUCCUGGUUGUCAGCCAAGUGUAUGGAAAUAGCCUCGGACGAGCAGAAAGCCAUCAUGAAGGAAUGUUAUGGCAAAGCAGAUGCCCAAAAAGUUCAACGUGUUAAGCAGCUAUACAAUGAUCUCAACAUGAUCGAAGGCUAUGCCUCAUUCGAAGCAGAAUCAAUGAAAGAAAUUCAGUCUCAAUUACUUAAUACUUGCAACGAUGUGCCUCGUGAGGGUAUCUUACAAGUUCUAAAUAAAAUUUGUAAAUGUGAA